AAAUAACUUGAAGUCACGAUUUCAAGUUAUUGAAUAUUGGUUUUUGAAUUGAAGGCUGAUUCUUGUGUUUUAUAUUGCGGUGUGAUUCAAAUGAAAUUUUAAGUUAAAAUUUGUGAUGUACUGAAUUAUGGCCUGGAUAUAUACUCAAGAUAAAGUCACUAAUAAUUUACAAUCAGUGAAGUUUAUGGAGACCCAAUAUAUUUGUGUACAAUGUGCUAAUUUAUGAGUGAAAGAGCAUUCACUUUGAAUAUAUCAGGAGAGUUUUGUACCUAUAUUUAGAAAAACAAUAUUGGAUGGUCUUAAAUCAUUGUAUAAGAUUAAACGGAAUACAUGAGUGAUAAAAUUGUAAAUUUUAAAUACUUAAGUGUUUUGCCUGAUUGUAUCCGGGAGAAACAGAAUCAUUUGAGACAGGGACAGUAAAUCAAACAUUUGUGGUGGUUGGAUUAAGUUGUGUGUGCACAAUGUACAAGGCUUACAGGGCAGGGGAUCCAGGUUCCAGUGGAAAGUCUCCAAAGAACACCUUGGAUACACAGAAAACAGUUACCAUGGCAACAGAACAGGUGGAGGCCAUUGUCUGUGAUGUGGACGAUCUCAAGUCAGGAGAGAUGAAAGAGGUAGAUGUGGGUGGAGCGGGCACGGCCCUGCUGGUACGGGAUGGGGACAACUUCUAUGCCAUGGGUCCUAAAUGUUCACAUUAUGGGGCACCCCUAAUCAAAGGAGUGUUAUGCAAUGGGCGUGUACGUUGUCCAUGGCAUGGUGCAUGUUUCAACAUCAAGUCAGGAGAUAUAGAGGAAUUUCCUGGUCUGGAUAGUGUCCCCUCAUACAAAGUUGAGGUUUCUGAUGGAAAGGUGAAGGUCCGAGCAGACAAAGCUGCCCUCACCAACGUGAAACGCCAGAAGGCCAUGUGUCAGUCCUCACCUGGAAAUAAGGGCGUGCUAAUCAUUGGGGGUGGGCCAUCAUCUGUGGCGUGUGCAGAGACCCUGCGACAGGAAGGGUUCCAGGGUGACAUCACGAUCAUCAGCAGGGACAAAUACCUGCCUUACGAUCGCAUCAAACUCAGCAAGGCAAUGGACAUAAAGCCAGAUGCUAUAGCUCUGAGAAAUGCUGACUUCUAUCAGUCCAAUGACAUCACUGUAAAGACGAACAAAGAGGUGAAAGCUGUUAACACAUCAGACAAGACUGUCAAGUUUGUUGAUGACUCAAGCAGCUCGUAUGACUCACUUCUCAUUGCCACAGGGGGACAACCCCGUGUGCUGCCUAUACCAGGAGUUGACCUGAAGAACGUGUUUUCUCUGCGCACACCAGACGACGCUAACGCUAUAGCUGCUGCUGCCACAGGCAAAAAUGUGGUUAUCAUUGGAUCUUCUUUCAUUGGGUUAGAAGUGGCGUCAUAUAUGCAUGACAAGGCUGCCAGUGUUCAUGUUCUAUGUCGAGGUCAGUGCCCUUUAGAACAUGUUUUUGGAAAACGUGUGGGGCAGGUUUUCACAAAGCUACAUGAGGACAAGGGUGUCAAGUUCCACUUUGAGGCUGGGAUCAAAGAAUUUGUGGGCGUGGAUGGAGCUGUGACAGAGGCCAUCCUGUCCACUGGGGUCCGCAUCCCUGCCGAUGUGGCCAUCCUUGGUGUAGGGGUGGUGCCUGCCACCAGCUUCCUAAAGGAUUCUGGGAUAGAAAUGACAGACCGAGGCUUCAUACCCGUGAACGAGAACAUGGCGACAAAUGUGAAAGAUGUGUAUGCGGCAGGUGACAUUGUGGAGUUCCCACUGUUCAGUGUGGGUGGGAAGUCUGUCAACAUCCAGCACUGGCAGAUGGCACACGCACAUGGUCGUAAUGCUGCAUACAGUAUAUUGGGCAAACCCUCGCCUAUACGCAGUGUGCCGUAUUUCUGGACAGUCAUGUAUGGCAAAAGUGUUAGAUAUACAGGUUAUGGCCCUGGCUAUGAUGACAUUGUGGUUCAUGGUGAUCUCGAGGACAACAAGUUUGUCGCCUUCUAUACAAAAGGUGAUGAAGUUGUAGCUGUGGCUAGUCUCAACUUUGACCCCAUAGUUUCCCAGGCAGCUGAAAUGUUCCAGGCCGGGAAAACUAUCACCAAGCAAGAGAUACAAAGUGAUCCAAAGUCUUGGGUGACCAGAAGUGAUCCAAAGUCUUGGGUGACCAGGUUGUGAAAGUCCCAAUAUGACAGCAUUAAUAUAUUUUUUGAGUACAUAUGUUAUUAAUUAAAUGUGAAUUAAAUGUUUUACAAUGUUUCAUUGUAUUUAAAGUGA